AUGUUGAGUAAAAUUGGAUACGAUACGGGCCGGGAUAAUGAGCUGCGAGGCGAUGGAGUUUAUAAACGUGUGCUCGGAGGCAGAGAGACAGAGUACCCUCAGCCCUCCCGGCGUCACACUUCGCUACAACCUGGUAACGCGUUUGUAAACUGGGGGGGUGCGGUGUGGGUCGUGGUGGCGGUGGUCGAGCGGCAGAAUCAAGGGCGCGCGGCGCGGGGCGGGGACGAGCGGCCGGGAGGGAUGCUGCGCGCCCGGGACGCGCAGAUCGAUAUCUCGCGUCGCCCGGCAACGCCGCGCUAG